CAUUUGUCAUGGUAGUGGAGGGUACAGGACGCAUGCGUGGAACGGUCUGGGUCCCUAACCGAGUGGAGCGGCCAGCUCGGAGGACCCAAAGUGUGUUUCCAUCGCGAGGGAAGGCCUCGGGUCGUGUUCGUCUCGUUAGUGUCCGGUUAGUCGUCAAUUUUCCCGCCUUUCCAUCCACCCUCGUAUCGAUUUUUCGUCGAUUAAAAUUCGUGCGAGUGAAACACGUGAUCCCGGGAUACCAGGGACUUGGUGAAACCUCUUUGAAAAACUAUCCCCGUGGAUCCUGGAACGAUCUUGUCUUGUGUUUACCAGUGUGCUAAGUGUGAUGGGGAUCUAAGAACGCCGAUGAGGAAUCGAGACGCGUACCGGGCGAACGUUAUCAGGUGAGGGCGCAGUAGCUUCCGGCGAGGCAAUCGAAAGAUGGCGGCCGUGGGUAUGGAUAAUCCGGCGUUCGUCGGCGAGGAUGAAUGUACGAACGAGACGACGCAAAAUGAUAAUCAGCAACAGGUAACCUUGGACCAGGAUCGCAAGUCCGUAUCGGAGAGCAUCCCCGUCGAAAAUGGCCACCAACGAUCGUUUGUGUCGCAGCAACACGUGGAAGCCGGAAGAACCAGUCCGGAAACGCAUUAUAGAACCGAGACGAAGAUAGAGGUGCCCGAAAGUAACAUGGAAAGAACCGAGACGAAGAUGAACGGCGUUCACGGAAACGGAAAUAACAACGAUGCCAGUUUCCUGAACAGCAGCACGACCAGCGUGCAGACGAAUGACAAUGGGAAGAAGGAGCAGAUCGAAGCAGUGAAUUUGGAGCUAGUCUCGAUGAGGCCCUAUGCAGGGAAUAAUCAGACCAAGGGUCAAGAGGCUUGCGAGGUCCCAGCUGACCCCUAUGAGGAAUACUUCGUUCCAGUGAACGAGCAUCGAAAGUACAUCAGCAGGGGUCCCGAGGCCGAGGUUGAAACAACCGUGGCUGGAGUACGUUUUGAUUUGGGCCCCGGCGUUGGCCGCGAGGGACUCAGCCUGAGAGACCCUACCGCAGGACUGGUCGACUAUUCCCACUGGCUGACAGCCCUCAGGGGCGAGAAGCUGUAUGUUACGAAGGACAAGAGAUCUAGGAGCUCCUAUUGGAGACGGAUGGCCUGUUGGGGAUGUGGUUUACUGGUCCUACUAGUUGCCAUUAUCAUCGCCAUUUUGGCAGCAACCGGAGUAAUUUUAGCCCAAGAGGCGUCAGAACCUUUAGAAAAUCUGGAACAAACGAAAUCCCGGCAAUUCGGCGACGUGCGAACAGCGGGAAGCCAAGAGUACGUGAAGAACCCACCGCCGAGUCCUCCACCCGCCACUUCGAGCUUCCCACCCUGGCAAACGACCGACGAGAAUAGGUACCUAUUCGUCGCGAACGCCUUGGAUGGAGUAUUGACAUUGGACCAAUUCACCUGGGACCAAGAAUUAAGGAACCACACGUCGGAAAUGUACAAAGCGUUCAGCUCGCAGAUAGAAAAUCACCUGAGGAACGCGAUGCAACCCACCAUGGACGAGACGACGGUUAAAGUGUAUCGUAUAAUGAAGGACGGAGAAGUGGGAUUUAGGAUAAAUUAUCCCCCAAAUUCUUCCCCGGAGGAAACGCAACAGAGGAUGGAGGAUGCGUUACUAAAGGAUGCCAACAUGAUUGGACAGCAUCAUGUAAGCAGAUUAGAACUCAGCAAGCUUUUGGACGAAUGUCAGACCAGUUGGUUAGGCUGUUCCGAAAGUUGUAAAUACAAUUACACGAAGGGUACGUUCGCGUGCUAUUGUUCGGAUGGGAAAAUGUUGGACGCUGAUGGAAAGACGUGCGUCGAUGAGAAUGAUCUGAGUAACGUGGAGAUGGACGAUGCACCGGAAGUUCGUACGGAGGUGGUGCACGACUAUGCUCAGCCUAGAAGCAGAGGACCCGGUACUGUGUACGAACCUAGACGCCCGGAUAACUGGGACCACAUGGACCAUGAUUUACCCGGAGGGGGACACUACCAUACCGAAGAAGACUCUCAUUCGCCUUCGUAUUCGGAUGAUGGUUCCUCGGAACCAGAGUCUACUCAUGUGCAUAGCGAAGAUGGAAAUCAUGAGGUUAAAGAUGAAGAGGAUACAGUACAUUGGAUGCACGAUCAUUCGAAUCAUUAUACUGUUGAACCGAAGGCAGAGCCUGAACCUUCUGAUGGAGGAGAGCCUUCUAGUGAACCAGAGCCUUCUGAUGUAGCAGAGCCUUCUAGUGAACCAGAGCCUUCUAGUGAACCAGAGCCUGCUGCGGUAGAACCUUCUGCUGAACCAGAGCCUGCUGCAGUAGAACCCUCUAGCGAACCAAAAUUUGCUGAACCAGAGCCCUCUGGUGAACCAAGACAUGCUGAACCCGAACCCUCUGCAGAACCAGAACCCUCUGCAGAACCAAAACCUUCUGCUGAACCCGAACCCUCUGCAGAACCAGAACCUUCUUCUGUACCAGAACCCUCUGCAGAACCAAAACCUUCUGCUGAACCAGAACCCUCUGCAGAGCCAGAACCCUCUGCAGAACCAGAACCUUCUUCUGUACCAGAACCCUCUGCAGAACCAAAACCUUCUGCUGAACCAGAACCAGAACAUUCUACUGAACCUUCAGCUCAGCCAGAACCUGCUACAGAACCUUCAGCUCAACCUGAGCCUUCUGCAGAACCAGAACCCUCAGCUGAACCAAAGCCUUCCUCUGAGGCAGAGCCCCCCAUUGAACCAAAGCAUACUACUGAAAUAGAGCCUUCAGCAGAGCCAGAACCAGCUGGUCCUGUCGAACCUGAGCCUACAAGUGAACCACAGGCACCUUCUGAUGAACCCAAGUCCACUGCAGGGCUGUGGCCUGCAGAGGAACCUUCGUCUGAACCGAAACCAUCAGAAGAAAAAGGAUCUUCAACUGAACCAUCCACACAACCCAUACCUUCUGAAAUGGAACCAGUCGCUGAACCGAAACCUUCAAAUGAGUUGGAGCCUUCAACGAAAUCAACAGUGACAGAGCAUCCUGAACUAGAACAACCUGAGUUGUCUCAAUUUCCUCACACUACCAUCAAAUCUGAGGAGGAGGAAUCUCCUGUUGAACAAGAAUCAACAAUGCCUUCUACAGAAAUGAUCCAUAAUGUUGAACAUUCCACUGAAAUGCAGGAUGCUAUGCAGCCACAAACAACUGAGAUGCCCUCCAGUAAAACAGACUCUUCCAUUGAAUCUAUGACCACGAAUAAAAUGAUCGUUGAAUCGGCUACAGAAUUACCUGCUACUGAAUCACCUGAUUUGUCGAAGACACCUGAAUCUUCAACGACCAGCUCUGAAGCUGACAACACUGGUAUGCCUAUAACCAUGGAAGCAGAGUCUACAACACCAAUGGUGUCUGCAGAAACAACACUGCCAAAUAUUGAUAAAUCCAUGGAUGAAAUGGAAAAUAAUAAUGCACCUAUGCCAGUGAUACCUCUGUCUGAUGAACAAGAAGACAGUAAAACCACUGUUGUACCUCCAACAGAUACAACAAUGAGGGAGAUGAACAAUGAAGAGCAAAUGGUGACAACCAUUGAACCCAGCAAAGAAGAAAUAUCAAAAGUUGAUCAAGUCACUGAAACUAAUACACCUAGUGACGAAACAACCGAGUAUACAACGAUCAGUACAAACAGCGAAGAAAAUACAGCUUCAGUGACUUCGUCCAGUAGCAAAUCUAUUCCUGAAACAACUAUGAGCUCUGAGACAGCGUCUGUCUCAAUGGACGCAAUGUCAGAAAACACAACCGAGGUUAAUUCUGUCCCAGACAGUGGUACAGAAAUGUACAACGAAACUGUCGAGCCUAAAGAAGAGCCUAAGUCGCUCGAUUUGGGUUCAACAUCGCAGGAAGCGAAUGAAACCAACGUCAUCGAUCACAUACCGACAACGAUCUUCCCUAAUUUGCCAAAAAACUUCAGCCACAACAUCGAGCCACUCAUAGAACCGCUUAAAAACAACACAGACAACGAACACAUUAUGAUCAUCCCAGUGGUACAUGGAACCCAGGAGCAAGAUCCUCAUUCCAUCAUUCCUGAGUUGAUUCCAGAGAGCAUUCAGUCUAGCAACUCAUCAUCCACGCGGAUAUCUGAGGUUACCACGGUUGAAAACACAGUUCAAUCCUCAACAGAGAAGACCGACGUUGUUUUCAAUCGUUCUACGAUCCACCCCGAAGAGAAUAUCGUGUCCGGCGAUCCAGGCGACUCUGUUCGCUACGGGGACAAUUUGGAUCACUCUACCAGUCAUCCUCUGCACCCAGCUGUCUUCCCUGAGAACACGGUGGAGCAUGUGACCGAGAAAUCCGAUGAUAAACACGCUGAUGACAUGUCUCCCUUCUUGCCGGAUGUCCAGAAGGAGAAGGAAGUGAAGAAGGCGCCUAGGUUGGACAAGGACGAGCAGGAUGUACCUAAUCCUUUCGAAGGACACGUCGAAGACGUGGUCACUGACAAAUCUUUAGUGGAAACUGAGGAGAGGACGAACGAGACCGAAGCAACGGAUUCUUUGAACGAUGUUCAUCCAGAAGUGGAUAAAGAACACCCGAACAAGAGUGUGGAAAACGGAGUGGGUCGUGGAUUCAAACAGGAUGCCUUGGACGUUCUUGAGAUCAACGACACUGAGUCAGGAAUACAGAAUGCACUGAACCCGUACGAUGUUAACAAACCGGAAGAUCAACAAAUGAUGAAGAGUGACGUGGAAGAGGACGAGGAGGCGUUGAAAGUGGUACCACUCGAAGAGGAGAUCAGGGGUACGGAAAUGUCUGUGAAAUAUGACGUGGAUAAGGAUAAUACGGAAGUGACCGAGUCCAGUGCAAGCGUAACUCCAACGGAUGAUCAAGAAAGGAGGUUAAACGAAGCAGCUGUGAAUAAUACAACGAUUACUUCUGAGAAACCCGAGGAAAAUGUUGUAGAGGAUCAGUACAAUGACAUAAAUGAUGAUACUCUGUCCAAAGGAUACCAAUCUGACGAUUCGAAGCUUCACAAGAAGCUGGCUGAUAAUGAAGAGAAACUGUUGAAAUCAUCAAACGUGCUCUUCAUUGAUGAUAAAACAAAGUCUACAAUGAAUAAUACAGAAGUUACAACAACAGCUGGCAGUGUUCUAGAUAAACUAACCACAGAAAUACCAGUGCUGCCCAUAGAGAUACAACAGGACAUGUCUACAACUGAGAAAAUUGAAAGUACCACCGUUGCUGAAGAGAACAAUAAAAAGGAGAAUGAUUCAAAUCAUCAGGUGAGCGCAGAAGCGACAACGCUUCAGGUACCAACCACUCAGAUGCUUCCAAUGGAAACUAAGACCACUGCUCAGGUACCAAUACUCCCUGAAGAGCUUCAAACUACUGAAAGUGAUUCACCGUUGACCACUUCAUCUAUUAGACCUGAUAUGAACACGACAAGCCCCCAUAUGGAGAGUACAGAGUCCCCAAUUCACAAUAAAACAGAAGAAUUGAUAAGCAGUGAAGUGGAUGUUCAAAAUAAUCAAACAAACGACAUGAUAGCAAGUUCUAUGCACCACUUUGGUGAUAACAGAAGCAUCAAUGCCACCUGGUUGCAGAUAGAUGUCCCAAUUUUGAAUAACACGAACGAAAGUGAAGAAAAUGUAACCACACCAUCGACGACACACCUUGAAGAGAACACGAAGAAUGAAAGUGUUGCAGCAACCUCGAUAUCUCUGGCUACCACCACUGUCGAGUCAUAUAAACAGAGCUCUGACAGUUCUUCUAGUACUACCGAGGAUGUUAGGCCAGUCACUGAGAUACUCGAAGACGAUACACUGCCUGUGAGUUUUGAUUACAGAACCCUGUUAAUCACCACGACACCCAAGACAGCGCUGCCUGAUCUGGAUGUUGGAGAAUUGUCUGAAGAGGAUCUAAGGGUGAUCCCAUUGGAGAAAACAUUAGAUCUGAAGAAGAAAUCAACGGAUAAGAAGGUGGUUGAUAAAUACAAAUACAAAAAAGAGAAGGAGCUGAAUUUGGAAGAGCACCAAAGUGAAAAUGUGCUGACCGAAGUCCCAGACCCAGCCACUGUCUUCUCCACAGAGGUACCUCGACCCAUCAAUGAUAUUCAGGAUCACGAUACAAGUGAAGUCUCUAAAUCAGUGGAAGAGGAUUCUUCGUCAAUACCAAAGCUGAAGAUCAUUGAAACAACGUUUAAUAGAACAGGAACAGAUACUGAACAGAAUAGAACUAUACCAGCUAGUACCAAGAAGUACCCCAGCUUCAUCCCCGUCUCUGAGGAGAUAAUAGAACCAGAACCUGUCACAGAACCCUUCGUGGUCAUCCGAAAUUUCUAUCUGAAUCGACAAAAUGCAGAUUUCACCACAGAGAGCCCAGCAAUGGUCAGUGAAGCCAGUAUCGAAGGACACACAAUGAUGGAAGCAAGGAACAUCAGUGAACUGGAUAGCGUAACAUCUUCUACGACUGAAUCAGUCUCUUCGUCUACUCAAGAUUUAAAUGAAAUGAUGAAGGACCAGCCUGUAGACGCGACUGUCCCAUCACUGAUCCAAACCAAGUCCCCUGAUACAAUGGUGGAAAGCACCAGUCAUAUCGACGUAUCUUUCUUGAAUAUACCUGAGAACGUUGUCUUUUCCAAGUGCACAACUGGUCAAUUCCAGUGUGUCAAUGGAACAUCGAGGGAUGGUGCUUAUUGCGUUCCUCUCUCAGCAAAAUGUGACUCUGAGAAUGAUUGUUCCGACGGUUCGGAUGAAUUGAAUUGCAAGGAACAAGGUUGCCCGGAGAAUUUCCAGUGUGCGAGUGGUCAGUGCUUGAAAAGAGACCUGGUGUGCAACAGGAUCGUCGACUGCGACGACGGAAGCGAUGAAAUUAAUUGCGAGGAAUGGAAAUGCCAGUUCGACGAGUUCAAGUGUCCCAGUGGAAGGUGCAUCCCAGGUAUCUGGCAAUGCAACGGGCGACCCGAUUGCGAGGAUCACCGCGACGAGUACAACUGUGCCGAAAGUUGCGGCAACGAGGAGUAUCUGUGCCCGACAGAGAAAUGGUGCAUUCCGUUGACGUGGCACUGCAACGGAAUCAACGAAUGCGCCAACGGGGAGGACGAAAAACUCUGCGACUGUGGCAUUGAUCAAUUCAAGUGCCAAACAGGAGGAUGCAUUCCAGAGAAUCUGGUCUGCGACGGUAUCGAACACUGUCCUGAUCAUUCGGACGAAUGGAACUGUUUAACCAUGAAUACUGGCCCCGAAAGGAAUUUAACAGACGUGCAGAAAGAAACCGAAGAGAGUAAUGGAGCCCAAGAAUUAACGGAUAGCACCUCUUUGUUAAAAAUAAGACAAUUUAACGGCGAAUCUCGUCUGGUUUGUUCCGACGGAUGGAGCGAGGAGUUCAGCGACUCGUACUGCCAGUCUCUAGGAUUCUCCGGGUCCGAGGCGACCGACUUACAAACAUGGGACAAGAAUCAGAAGAUCCUGAGACUGAAGGCAAAUCCGAAUCACCGUAUGCCUUUGGUCGCGAAUCUAGAGCAAGUGGAGUUCUGCGUGUCUGACAAAGUCGUCCAAGUAUCUUGCCAAGAGUUUUCUUGCGGCUCCCACUACGGAGAAGGACCUACUGCGAGAUUAGUUGGCGGAACUCCAGCCAGCGAAGGACAGUGGUCCAGUGUAGCCUUGUUGAAGGAACCGAAACAAGGUGCUGCUUGUACUGCCAGCAUCUUAGGACCAAUGCACGUGAUCGCGAGUUACUCUUGUACUCAUAGGUUGAAACAGACCAACGGAUGGCAAUUAUUCACCGAUAAGAACCUACUGAAACCACUUCCAGUGAAAAGCAUCAUUCCCUAUCCUCAAGUGAAGUACAAUCAAUUCUUGUACAACAAUGAUAUGGUGUUGGUGGAACUGGAGAAACCUCUGACCUUCUCCAGAAACGUUAGCGCUGUUUGCCUUCCAAAGGAUCCAAUUCAGCCCAGACAGAUAUGUGUCACGGUGGGAUGGGGAUUCCCUGUGAACGGCGAGGUGGAUUUGCAGAAAUAUCUGACGUUCCUACCAGUGCCAACCUAUGAUUCCGAGAAGUGCAAUGCGACGAGUCAUUACGCAGGAUUUAUCACUAAGGACAACAUCUGUGCUGGAUUCACAGACACGGACAAAGGACCCUGCUAUAACGACGAGGGUGCACCUCUGAUGUGCGUCAGUGAAUCUGGUGGAUCAGCCAGAUGGGAGAUCCAGGGUCUACUGAGCCACCAUAGCAGAUGCUCAAGGGGUCAUCCAGCUAUUUAUUCUAGCGUCGGACCUGCUCUAUCCUGGCUACGCAAUUCUGUGCCCGCUUUGCAAACGCAAAGCUAAAGGCAAUCUUUUAAUUACAAAAGUUAUUCGACGAAUUCGAGAGGACAGACACACUUAUAAAUGCGGAAAGUUCAUGGGAGGGAACCGACAGACUGAAUGUUCCUGUUGAAAUUAACGAAACGCAACGAACAGAGGAUAAUCGUGUACUUAAUUCGUGUCUGUUUUUUAUUUCAAACAGUAUGUUCCUACAUAAAUGCGAAGAACACUGAACGGCCAUAAUUUGUUCCGCAUUAGAAAAAGAGGUUCUGUAUGUAAAUGAUAUCUUUUUUUUUAUGAUAACUACUGAUUAAUGGGCUGAUACUGCAAUAUUCCGUAGUUUUUACACUUACGACAUCCGUGCAGGAAAAUAAAAAUGAAUGACAGAGAGAUAUAUAUCGUAUAUAAUUGGCAACACGAUACUUAUUUACAAUUAAGAAAUUUGUAAAUACUGUAUAAAGCGACUGUUUAAUAUGCUUAAUGUUGUAAGAGAUUUUUGUACGAAAUAGGUCUCUUUAAUGAUAUUAUAUAAGUAUGACCACGAAAGAAAUUCGGUACGUUUCAGACUCCUGUUUUUGUUCUACUUAUUAUCUGAUGGUUUGUUCAUUUUAUAUAAUAACUGUAUCUAGUAAAAAUACUUGUGUAACAUGUUCGCAAGUAUCAUUUAAAUCUGGUUAUUGUAUAGAGAUCAACAAAAAAAUGAAAGUAUUUAUUUGAAACAAGAGACCAAUAUAUAAAUGCACCAGAUUAUUCAUGCAACUGUUUAUUUCAGUGAUCCUAAGGGAUUUCUGAAAUGAAUACUGGACUAGGCUAAGAGAUAGAUAGGAUAAAUGUAUAUAAUAUAUAAGUAUUUUAAUUAAUAAAAUACAUUGUUAUAAAAAGAUACAAUAAUAAAAUAUGUUAAUGUAUG